AUGGAGUUGAACAGGGGCCAGGGAAGGGGAGGAGGAGCAGAGAGCGGGGACAAAGGGACCAAAGAGGAGAUUCAGAUGAAGGGAAGUAAUGGGGAGGAAAGAGAAGAAACUCGAGAUGACAGGCAUGUAGAAAGGAAAAGGGAUGAAAUCCCCACCAAGACAGUGGGAGAACAAGGCCGGGAGAAAUCCUGGAAGCUGAAGUCUGAGGAGGAUUUCAAAUUCAAGUCAGAGAUGAAAGAAACAUCUGGACUCGGUCCUCGGAACAAAAGCGGCGGGGCCACGGCACGGGAGGAGGGAAGGGGGUCCUCAGCAGGCGCACGUGGGGGUGCCAAACGAUGGGGGCUAGCGCGCCCGCUGGCGGGGGCGGGGGGCAGCUGGCGCAACGCCAUCCGCGGCCCAAAGCCGUUAGGACCCGGGUGCGUCGGGGCAUCCGGGGUGGUCCCGGUGCCCCGGGGGUCGCGAGAGGCUGGGCCCCGACACCCCCGCGAGCUCGCGGCCGCGCUUCCCGCUCCAGGUGAGGGCGCGGCGCGGUGUCACUUUACCUGCGCGCAGAGGGUCGUCCGGAGAAGCCAUGGGGCGGGGAGGGGCAGCCGGCCGCUCGAGCGGGAGGGCGCGGCCUCGGGGGCUGGGCUGGAGCGCGGGAGAGCUGGGGCGGCGAGUCCGGGGGGUCCUGCAGUCCCGACCGGGCCGCAGCACAGCACCGCGGCGCUGCGCGCCCCUCCUCCAGCAGCCCCUGCACCUCCUCCCAGACUCUCCGCCGCGACCUCCGCUAGCUCACUUCCCGCGUGGGCAAUUAGCAAAGCCCCUUCUCCUCGCUGCCCCUGCCCCCCUCCCUCCUGA